AUGCAGUGCAUCGCGCAUCGUGACGCGCUGGCAUUGUCCAUGCUUCCGUUGAUGGCCGGCUUGGAAAAGCGGAUGCAAGCUUUCUCCUCAUCCAACUCUCUUACGCCCUCUGGAAAGUUGCCUACGAUGACGACUGACGAGAUUCCUACGCUGCCUACGAUCGAGGUGCGCUGGUCGGUUCCCAACGACGAUGUAGUUUCCUGGCUUGCUGAUCUGCACGAAGACAGCCGUGUCGGAUACGUCGAUGGCUGGCAUCAGGAUCGCGACUACCACGAAAUCACGGUGCGCUACCACGUCGACAAGCCCCUGGGCGAGUUCAUCGACCAGAUCAGACAAAUCCCCUGGUACGUUGACCACAAGGAGCUCUAA